CAAAAUGUGUGUGUUAACGCCUAGCAUGUGUUUGUGCAAACUAUACAUGAUGCACCACUCACACACGCAUACGCCAAGAAACCUGCCCGAUCGACGCGAGCCUACGGCUUUACCGACAGCGCCGCGUCCUUCACUCGUCCUCAAGCCACCAAAUGGACUACGUGCUAUUUAACCUAUAAUUUUUUUACACCUUGUAGUUUCCUGGUUAUUAAACCAAUUUUUUAUUGAAAAGGUAUUAGCACUCAUUUCUUCGCCAAAUCAUCCCAGCAAUCAAGUACCGGCGUUCACAUUUUUGGACCUACGACCCCGGAUAUUUUACCAGCGACGAACAAAGAACAAAGGAAAUACUUCGCUGACGUGAUUUUGGCUGUGACUACGUGGAAGUUUUCAAUCAUUUCAAACAUCGGAUUCACUGGAAAUAGGACGAGUCAUCCGAUUUUAUACCCAUCUACAACUUCUACGUGGCUUGAAGAUAAUUUCUACGAGGACAAAUACGAUUGGGAGAAGAAAUCUGAGAGUGAGAGUUGGGAGAUAAGUAGAUCGACGGCGCCGACACAGGGAAAUAUCAUUUAUAAGUUAAGUUCUAAGUGAGACUGGCAAACCGUAAGUUCGUUCCGUUUGUUCGUUCCGAAAUCAUUAAUUUCAAACACAAUCCUUUAUUUGUGUAUUUACUUCCCAAUUAAAUUACAUAUUUGUCCCGUAACCCUUAUUCUGCAAUUAACGUCCACGAAUCCGUUAUUUUGGGGUAUCGUUAAAAACGUAUUUCACGUUAUACUUGCAAAUCCUUCAUUUUGCAAGUCUUCUCACAUUCAUAUACCUUUUAGUAACGUUAAGGUUAAUAACGUUAACGGAUAUUUCUUAAUAACGCUCACAAAUCCAUUAUUUUGUGUUGUCGUUACAUUCGUAUUACACGUUUCUUGCAAAUCCUUCAUUUUGCAAGACAUAUCAUAUUCAUAUACCUUUUAGUAACGUUAAGGUUAAUAACGUUAACGGAUAUUUCUUAAUAACGCUCACAAAUCCAUUAUUUUGUGUUGCCGUUACAUUCGUAUUACACGUUUCUUGCAAAUCCUUCAUUUUGCAAGACAUAUCAUAUUCAUAUACCUUUUAGUAACGUUAAGGUUAAUAACGUUAACGGAUAUUUCUCAUUAACGCUCACAAAUCCUUCAUUUUGUGUUGCCGUCACAAACGUACCUAUUGCACGUUAUUCGCAAAUCCUUUAUUUUGCAAAUUAUUCAUACUUAUACAUACUUAAAUACGUUAACGAUCCGUUAUUCUGUUAACGAGUUAUUUCUAAUUGCACUUAGCAACAAUAUUUCCUAUUCGCAUUCUCAUCAUAAACAGGUUAAUUCUGUUAUCUUUGCAAUCACUUCAUUUACGCUUCGUGCAUUAUUGCUCAUAUUUUCCUUAUUGUUAAACAAAGUGCAUUCCGAUAUCCGCGCUGUUUGGCUGGCGCCUGGCUGGCUCGGACACCGCGCGCUCGCUGCGAGCUGUUGCUACGCGCUUGCACCGCUUGACUUUUUGCAGUUUUUACGCGCACCCUCACUCCGCUGCUUUUGUACUAAUUUAAGUAAUCGUUUCAAAUCUUUAUUUUUGAACUUAAUUGCAUUGCAACUGUUGUUUUUCUAGCAACUCAUUUCAUCGCAUUGGUUCGUAUAAAUUACAUUUUAGCUAUAAACAAGCUGUCAGUGCCAACUUACACUGACACAUAUACUGAAUUAAUUAACUCAUUAUUUUGCCUUUAAUUUAUAAUUUUUAAAAUGGUUGAUAUUAAACCUUUAAUUAAAAGGCGUGCCUCAUUCAAAGCUAAGCUUACGCUGUUUGAAAGCCAUCUAACAACUGUCGAAAGUUGUGAUCGCUUGAGUAGAUUGCAAAUUUCUGAAUUAAAUCACCGUUUAUCAAAAAUUGAAGAAAUAUAUUCAGAAUUUGACUCCGUUCAGUGUGAUAUAGAGAACGAAUUGGAAAUUCCAGAUGAGCAGUAUAAAGAACGCGAGGCUUUCGAGAGCAAGUACUUCGGGCUCGUCGCGCGCGCGCGCGAGCUGCUGGCGGCGGCCGCGCCGGCGCCGGGCGCCUCUGCGGGCGGCGACGGCUCGGAGACAGGUUCUUGUGUUACUGCGAUUGGAGGUGGGACAAAACUUAAACUUCCUACUAUAGAUAUGCCUAGCUUCUCGGGCCAUUAUCAUGACUGGUUGGAGUUCCGUGACACAUUUAGUAGUCUCAUACAUUCAAAUAAUUCAAUUCCAAACAUUAAUAAAUUUCAUUACUUGCGCGCCGCGCUAAAGGGUAGUGCCGCGGUGGUGAUUCAAUCUUUAGAUUUUUCCAGCGAUAAUUAUACAUCAGCUUGGGAACUACUUUGCGAUCGUUAUAAUAAUAAAAGAUCUUUAGUGAACAACCAUAUUCAGGCAAUUUUUGACAUAGAACAAUUGUCAAAAGAAUCGUCUAGAUCAAUAAGAAACCUUAUUGACACGAUAAAUAAAAACUUAAGAGCACUCAAAUCACUUGAUCUCCCUACUGAGCAUUGGGAUGUUCUCAUAAUUCAAAUAAUAUCAAGCAAAUUAGAUACAACUACACAUCGUAAAUGGGAAUCGUAUAGGAAUAAAUUAAAGGAGCUCCCUACACUUCAAAUGUUUAACGAUUUCCUUAAAGAUCGGGCUGACUUACUAGAAUCAACUGAAAUCUCUAAUAUAAAACGUCGGUCUAGCGACACUACGCACAGUCGACAGAAGGCGUUGACAGCUAAUACUUAUUCCCCCACUACUUCUCGCAAGUACGCUUGUCCGUUUUGCAAUCAAGACCACGCACUGUAUCUAUGUCCAAAGUUCAAAACAUUAAAAUUACAAGCUCGCGUUGAUAAAGCUAAGGCACUCAAGGUUUGCUUAAACUGUUUACUCGUGGGUCACAAUGAAAAAACGUGUAGGCUGAAUUCGUGUCGCAUAUGUGGAUUACAGCGCAAUAGUCUGUUGCAUGAACAUACAACUCCUGCGCCUUCGUCAAAUGACGUCGCGCUGCAUUCUUUGCCGCAGCCUGACGACGAUGAACAAUUUUCUAGUCCAGUUCAAGAAAUUUCUAUGUCAGCCGUAAAUAAUAAUAGCAUGCUACUGUCAACCGUCUUAAUUCAAGUGACAGACCACAGUGGUAAAAAACAAACAAUACGAGCGUUACUCGAUAAUGGUUCAACCGCGAGUUAUGUUACUGAAAGUUUAUGCGCAAAAUUAAACUUACCUACUUCUUCAGCUCCGACAAUAGUCGACGGAUUAAAUUAUCAAACAUCACAUUUGUCAAAAAGUUGCGACGUACUUAUAUCGUCAUUACUCAAUGAUUAUCAUGAAAAGGUGCCCUGUUUAGUAGCAUCACGUAUAACUCAACCGUUGCCAGUGUCUCGAAUUGACCGUACAACGUUAAACAUACCGCCACACAUUAGGUUGGCAGAUCCCACAUUUGAUGUACCUGCUCCAGUAGACAUGCUACUUGGAUCAGGAAUAUUUUGGUCAGUACUUGGUACUCAUAAAAUUCCAUUAGGUAAAAAUAAACCAACUUUAUGGGAAACCAAAUUGGGUUUCUUAGUUACAGUUUCAUCAAAACAAAACUUACCAUCAAAAUUUAAUACAGUCCAUUGCAACCAUAACAUUAAUUUAUACUUACAACAUUAUGAUAAACAAUUAAUUGAUCAAAUUUCUUAA